GUUAUGUGUUUUAUUUUUAAGCAGGCCAAGAGCGUUAAAUCGGUUUAGACAGUCGAUUCGUAAACUAACAAAACUUAACAAACGACAAAAAGACAAAUUUCUUGUAAAUAAUGUCUUCUAAAAUUAAAAGAGCGGUUAACGUGCAUUCAACCAACGUUACUUCGGACAAUCCCUCGCGUUACGAAAUGCUAUCCUGGGUAAAUAGCACGUUGAAGGCCGAGUUUUCGAAGAUCGAGGAGCUGUGCACCGGAGCGGCUUACUGUCAGUUCAUGGACAUGAUGUUCCCCAACUCGGUUCCUGUCAAGCGCAUCAAGUUUCGCACUAACCAGGAGCACGAGCACAUACACAAUUUUAAGAUCUUGCAGGCGGUUUUUAAAAAAGUGGUUGUCGAUAAGGUCGUUCCCAUCGAAAGGCUGAUCAAGGGACGCUUUCAAGAUAACUUGGAAUUCCUCCAGUGGUUCCGCAAGUUCUUCGAUGCCAACUACGAUGGCCGAGAAUACGAUCCAGUGAUCGCUCGAAACGGAGUCACCAUGGGUUUCGGCACUCAUAUUGUGGGCCCAAAAUGCCAGAAACAGUCGCCCAAAACCACGCCUCGAUGCGAAAGCCAAAAAGGGCUCAACAUUACAUUUUGAUUCGGAAAAGGCCAGUACGGAAAUCAAGCUGGAGCUCCUGCUACGUUCUCAGCAGCGGGAAAUGGAACAGGAACGGGAUUUCUACUUUAAGAAACUACGUGACAUUGAAACUCUUUGUCGAAAGCACAAAUCUGACCCCACUGCACAACCUAUAUACGAGAGUGUUCUAAAGAUUGUUUAUGCCGACAGCCCCAAUUAAUGUAUCCAAAAACCCGUAAUUUUUAUCGAAAUUUUUAGUUCUUUUGAUAUUGGUUACUUUUAUGAGCGCCUUACAUAUAUCACUUGGCACUCAUACACAAAAUAGUUUGCGUGUUUGUAGUUUUU